AUGUCCCUCCACCGCCAUGUUUGCACUACCUCAAAGCUCUCAACGAUCCCUUGGAAGUACAAGAAGUUCGCCAUAGCACAAGGCCAGAAGUCCCUUACCGAUUAUCUCCACGCCACGCGCUGCAUCCCUUACGCCUACGCUGAUCAAAUCUCCAAGAACUCCCACACUGCCCUCACCAAUCUCAUCAGCAAGCUCGGUUCUUUCUCUGUUUCCCACUUCCCCCACACCAUCAACAAAUUCCUCAGGUACAACCCCAUCAACGAAUUUGAGUUCUUCUUCGAGAGCAUUGGUAUCCACCCCUCCAAGUUCCCCUCUUUGUUUCCCCAGAACAAGUUCUUCUUUUCAGAAGAUGGGACCGUUUUGGAUGCUGCUUGUGUUCUCAGCGAAUUUGGGUUUCCCUGGGACAAGCUUGGGGUUCUAUAUGUGAAGAGUGGGUGUGUGUUCAAGUGGGGUGCUUCUGAGCUGAAGGAUAGGCUUUGUGGGUUCAAAAGAUAUGGUUUUUGCAAUGUGCAGGUUGUGGGGAUAUGCCUGGCUUUUCCCUUUGUGUUUGAUGGCCUAGAGGGUGCUGAGAUUGAUGCUUUGUUUUGUGAUUUGAGGUUGCUGUUUGGGGAGUUUGGUUUGGCUGGGUGUGUUGAGGUGAAGGGGAAUGGUGUGGAUGAUUGGGUUAGGGUGUGUAAGAAGAUAAGGUUGUUUUAUGAUUUGACUGGUGGGAAGAACUUUGGGGAGCUCAUUGGAGGGAACAAUGGUGUUGGUGUAGGUGUUAUUGUUGAGCAUGGGGAAGAGGAGUUGGUUCAAGCAAUUGCGUAUUUUUGUAGGUUUGGUGCGAAGGAGGACGUGGCACGGUUGAUUGUAAAUGGACCGGAAUUGUUGGAGCUUGAUAUGGAAUCGAGGGUGGUCAAUGUGAUGAAGCUUUUGAAACACUUUGGAAUGAGCUCCAAUGGUGUUGAUGAUGUUAGGAGGGAUUAUGCUCAUGUGUUGGGGACAGUCAAGAUGAGUAAUCUGCCCAAUGUGAUGAGGGCUUUGGGUUUACAUGAGUGGUUCUUUGCCAAGAUCAAGGAUGGGAAUUAUAGGUUGUUGGUUAGUUUUGUCACGAGCAAUCCCGAUGCGGUACGAGAUAAAGAUUACCUAGGUUGUUUGAAGGCUAUUGAGGCGUCAAGAAUGCCAACUCACAGUAUGAAGAAGUUGAACUUCUUGCACGCCAUUGGCUUUGGAGAAAAUGCUUUAACCAUGAAUGUUUUCUCCCACUUGCACGGAACAAGUUGUGAGUUACAAAAUAGAUUUGACUGCCUUCUACAUUUUGGGAUUGAGUUUUCAAAGGUCUGUAAGAUGAUCAAGGCUCAUCCUAAGAUUCUUAGUCAAAACCCUGAAAAUUUGAAGCAAAAGAUUAAUUUCUUCUGUCAGGAAAUGGGAUACUCAUUGGAGAAUUUGGUCACUUUUCCAGCAUUCUUGUGCUUUGACUUAGAGAAUCGCAUUAAGCCUAGGCACAGAUUUCAUUUGUGGAUAAUGGAAAAGGGUCUGUCUUUAAAAAAAUAUUCCAUUGCAAGCAUGGUUGCAACAAGCAACAGGAAUUUGGUUGCUCGCGCUUAUAGUAUCCACCCUGCUGUUCCAAAACAUUGGUUUGAACAGUUUUAUCCCUGA